AUGGACAUGUUCGGCUUCAAGGCUUUGGUUCCUAUCAGCAAGUGGGUCCCUGCCCCCCCUAUGCUCACCAAGUUCCUGCCUGGGCAUGAUGCGCGCAUCAAAGUCAUGCAGGGAGAGCCAAACACUAUGAUUGUGGAGCUCGUGCUGGAGUUCAAUGUAAAUCUGUCAUGUGAUAGCGUCACACAGAGUUUGUCAUUCAACAUGUUGUCUUCUGGCAUUGGUGGGCAGCCUAUGCUCAACCUGACUUCAGUGAUAUGCAAUGCUGUCACGAAUCCCACCAUGUCAUCCGUUGCCAGAACUCCGUACUCGCAGUGGUCAUGGUCUGGUACAUUGACUGAUGUUCCGGAUGGGAUUUUGGACAUUAUUGUUAACAAUCCAACAUCAUUUGAUGGGACACUAUCUACUAGAGUCAUAGACCAUCUCGUGCUGCGCAAGGGCAAAGGGAACAAUGUCAUGGUGUUCCCCGAGUCUGAUUAUGAUAACACAGAUUUCAACUACACUGACGGCCAGUACACAUUCACGCACUGUACCUAUGGAGUGGAUAUGUUCAGGUACUUAGGUGACUUCACACUGAGUUGGUCUAACUGGACGAGUUGGGAGAAUGUCACAACCAUACCCGCUGAUGUCCUCAGCAAUUCUGAUACUUUCUGGACGGGAUAUGUAUGGUGCGGAGGUUGCUGA